CCAACAGAUGCUUACACUUUUACCCAGGACAAAAUCUGAGUACUCUCUCCUCAGUGUGGUGAGGUACAGACAUGUAUGAAGCAGCCAACACACGGUGUUGACAUUGUGCAAGUGUGUGUGUUGUCAUCACUCUGCCCUUUGCCUCAGUUAGACCCACUGUCCUUUAAUUUCCCGACGUGCUUCCUGGGAUCACAACGGGAUUACAGAAACCGGACUGGAAGAUGUCUCGGGCUGCGGAAAGACUCAAACUGCUUAUCAAUCAUCUUGAUAGAUCACCCGCUGCGAUCAGAGCUGCACCGACCUCUGCUCAAACCUUCAGCUACAGCAGUCACCCUCAGAGACUGAGAUACAGUUUUGAUACUGACCUGCUGACCCCAGAUCAGCGACUCUUUUAUGAAGAAAAUGGCUUCGUUCUCAUCAAGAACCUGGUGUCUGAGGAGGACAUCGACAAGUUCAGGAAGGAGUUUGAACGGAUCUGUCGACAGGAAGUGAAAGUUCCCGGUCUGGUGGUGAUGAGAGAUGUGGCGAUCGUUAAGUCAGAGUUCAUCCCGGAUCAGAAAGCUGUCUCCAAACUCCAGGACUUCCAGGAAGAUCCCGAGCUGUUCCGGUACUGCACCUUACCACAGAUCCUGAAGUAUGUGGAGUGUUUCACUGGACCAAACAUCAUGGCCAUGCACACCAUGCUGAUCAACAAGCCUCCUGAUGCAGGUAAGAAGACGUCUCGUCACCCGAUGCAUCAGGAUCUGCAUUACUUCCCGUUCCGACCGACUGACCGGAUCGUCUGCUCUUGGACGGCGAUGGAGAAAGUGAAUAGGCAGAACGGCUGCCUGGUCGUCCUGCCGGGGACACACACCGGCACGCUGAAGGAGCAUGACUACCCCGAGUGGCAGGGUGGGGUGAACAAGAUGUACCACGGAGUGCGAGACUAUGACUCGCAGCAUCCCAGGGUGCACCUGGAGAUGGAGAAAGGUGACACUGUCUUCUUCCACCCGCUGCUCAUCCAUGGCUCUGGCAUGAAUCAGACGCAGGGUUUCCGCAAGGCCAUCUCCUGCCACUACGCCAGCGCUGACUGCUAUUACAUCGAUGUGAAGGGAACCACACAGGAAAACAUAGAGAAAGAGGUGAAGGAGAUCGCAGCGAGGAAGUACGCUGUGGGCGACGAAAUUACCUUCCAGGAUACCUGGGCUGUCCGAGGCCGUGUGGUGCAGGGAGAGAGGGUUUCACUGUGAGGACGCUACAGACCAGCACAUGACUACAGGGUGACCGAUCACUGAGCUGAAAGGAGAACAGAUUAAUAUAAUGAUUGUGAUUGGAUAAGAAGCAACAGGGCCUGUCGCACUGACACCGACGGCGCUCACGGCUUCUUGUUAAGCUAAUUUUUCUUAUGGUACAUCUGAGGAAUGUAAUGUUCAGAUUACUUACUGUAAUCUUGCUCAUAAUAGUUUGGACAUUUGUGUUGGAACUGUGAUGUACAGACAGCGAACUAACAGAGAACAUGAAGACUGGGAAAUAUCAUUUACCUCAUAAACAAAUCUCUGCACAGUUGUUUUGGAGAGUAAAGCAUGUGACAGUUUGUUUGACAGCACAAGAUGAAGCAGAUCAAGCUAUUUAAUUAACCAAACCCUUAAUGGAAAGGGAAAGACAAGCCUGAAAAAGACAUUUUGCAUGUUGAUUAGAAGCAAUCAGAAUUAUACAGUGAAAGAGAGAGAGAGUGAUGGAGUGACAUUUAAGAUAAAGGAGCAAGAGACUUUAAUAGAAGCUAUAUUUAGAAAUUUAUAAAUAAUCCAGGCUGACUUUAGCUCUUAAUCUACACCUACACUGCCUUUAUAAAUGUAACACUGUGUUGAUUUUCUGUUUGUUGAACGAUGACUGUUUGAUAAUGAGUGAAUGGAUUUUAAUCUUGUUUUUUAGGAUCUUGACAAAUAGAAUGUUUCAAUAAGACUAAUAAUGAAAAUGAUUUGAGACUUUGUUUUAAUUUAAAAUAAAAGCUUCGGACACAUCUGA